GCAGUUUAGUUCUGCUUUUUUUUUUUUUUUAAUAACGUAUGCCGAAUUUGACAGUCGAAAUUACCACAGCAUUUAGUAAAGAAGGAGCUCGGUAGCAUUACCCAGAAGGGCAGUGUCACAUUAGUUUGCUGGAAGAGACAGAUUGUGAAUUGGGUUUGGUGUAGUGAACACCGUGACGACGCUAAGCGCAUUUGCGUUCAAAGAUUAGCCUGUGACCAAGAUACAAACAUUCGAGUCGAAAUGGUUAUCUUUAUUUGUAAUGUCCGGUAUUUCAGACAGGACUCAGAUUGGUUAAUAUUGUAUUUUUAGUAAGAGCUGACUGGCUUCAGUCAGACUGAACAGAGUCUGUCAUGGUUGUCACUGUUCUCCUCCUACUGAGCUGUCUUCUACUUGCUCAAGCUCAAAACUGUUCCAGACCUGUCGGAGGACCCAACAUGGAUUUGAGGGACAAGGACAUUGUUUCAUCAACAUUCCCAGAUGGAAGCAAAGCCUCUUUUAAGUGUAAUGUGGGCUACAGGCCUGAAGGAGGGUCUGCAACCAUCACUUGUACCGCUGGGAGGUGGAGUCCUGUGCUGCUCAGAUGCCAGAUUGCGAGCUGUGGCCCACUUGAAGAUGUGGUUAAUGGAAUUAUUGACUACCCUAACGAUGCAGUAUUUGGUGAAAAAGCUGUGAUCACUUGUAAGCCAGGUUUCAUAUUGGUUGGUAGUAGUGAAAUCACUUGUGGAGACCAAGGCUGGAUGGAUAGGAUACCUGUAUGUGAAGUGGUCCAAUGUGAUCCGCCAGCUGAUAUUAUAGAUGGCAAAUUCAGUCCAAGCAAAGAAUCCUAUGCAUACCGUGAAGUUGUACAGUACACCUGUAAAAGUGAUUAUACAAUCAAUGGAUCAAAAUCAUUAUCAUGUUCUGAGGAUGGGACAUUCAAGCCUGCUGCUCCAACAUGUACCAGGGUUCAAUGUAAAGAUCCUGAGAUUGAAAACGGUGGCUAUAAAGAGGGUGCUCGACCUCCAUACAAACACUCGUCUUCAGUGACGCUCCAGUGCAACUCUGGGUACGUCAUGAAAGGAACACCUUUCCUGACAUGUGACAUAAAUAGUCAGUGGUCACCUGCACUUCCAGAAUGUGAACUGGUUGAAUGUAAAGAACCCAAGAUUGAAAAUGGUAAAUGGAAGGUGGGUUCUGGGCCUCCACAUAAAUACUCAUCCACGGUGAUGCUCGAGUGCGAGUCUGGAUACAGUAUAAUAGGAGAAUCUACCCAGAGAUGUGACAAAAAUGGUCGGUGGUCACCUGGACUACCACAAUGUAAACACAGUGGUGGUGGUGGUGGUGGUGAUGAUGCUGGUGGUGGUGGUCGUGGUGGUGGUGACACCAUUAGCGGAGGUGCUAUAGCUGCCAUAGUAAUUGCACUUGUUGGUGCAUCUGCUGCUGGCCUUGGUUAUCUAUACUUCCGGAAAAAGAAACGCUCUCGGAGAGAAAAUACUGACAAUGAGGCUACAAAGGAGGGAGAGGAUGUAGCACUCUCGUAACAGCUGCAGUCCUGUUGGUACAACAUUACUGGCUGUAAAAUCCACUGCAUAAGAAGAGGCAUGUCCCUGGACCAAUCUCUGAAUGAAUCUCCCUGUGCAGUGCGGACGGCAAGAAUUUCUAAAAAAUCUCUUUAAAUUUGUUUCUGAAUGCCAGUACUCAGAAACUUUUGCAUAUUUAUCCCAAUCCUUUGAGUUUCUGCUGUAAGUGGAUUUUCAGAAUAGGUCAUAAUAAUAACCACUUCUUGUUCUCCAAACAGUUUAUCUAUUCUGGACAUGAUGAAGGAGGUUCUUGUUUAUUAGAGAAGGUUAAUUGCCACAUUGACUUUGAACUUUUUGCACUAUAAAACAGAGCACAUCUCAGCUUGGCCAUUGCCUUAAGCCUGUAAAAUCACUGUUCAUCGUUGGAAAUAAAUUAAGUUAGAACAAAAAAAAAAAAGAAGAAAAAAACAGUUAUAGUUUGAUGCUUAAUAACUAAGUGGAUACCCUUACAUCUGAAAGUCGUAGCUGCAAGUGAAAUGGUUGAUGCCCCAGCAAAGUUUUGUAUGUAUAGAAAAGUGGCUCCUCGAUGACAAACCAGUCCUUCAGUCUUAAAGACAAAGCUUCCAUCUUUAUAGAGGAGACUUUGGGGUCUGUAAAACAGUCCCUAGCAUAGUGCCUGAACGUAUGGUAUAUGUAAUAUGCCUUAAUGCAAAAAAAGUGUUUCAGUGUGUUGUGUGUAAACUGCGUAUUUGAGUUACACAAAUGUUAAUUAACUUGUUUGUGUCAAAUAAAGACUCAAUUCUGAGCCUACUUUAAACUAAAGUUUAUACCAAAAAAUUACCCAUGGUUAAUGGUGGGACUCUGGUUUGUGCUGUGUAGUUCAAAUUCAGUAAUGGUACAUGUCCACAGGGGCUCUUUUCCAAGAAUUAAAUAUGUGAAGGAGAUGCGACUAGGCAAUGUCAUGAUAGGUGAUUGACAGGUAGCCAGUGCAGGCUGCAUCUGAUUGGACACAUACUGCACUGCCCUUGGAUUUCAAACAGGCUGCUGGAUGCCCUUGAUUUGCAUAAAGUAGCUUAGAUUUUAACUAAAUGCAAAUGAGGAGGGGGAAACGUGACGCUACCAGAAUGCAUUGCACAGCUGCUUACAUAGACAACGAACGAGAAGCACUGAAAUGAUGGCGCCUGUUGAUAUGUACCAUAAGCUGUCCUUGGAACAAAAUAUCUUUUAUUUUUAAUAACAUAAAUUCAGGUUUUAUUCCCCCCUAAAUUAUUGUUCUUGUAGAUAUCUCUUGUACAGUGGAUUAUUCUUUUUAUCAUUUGUUCACCACAAACUGUCCAGGAGAUGAGAACGAAUAUCCAGAACAUCAGGACACAGAUAUGGUGUGUGUGUCGUUACAUAAAGUUGUGAAGAAUGUAACUUCUGACAAUUUUGCACUUGCUUUGCUUUUUUGCUUUCUCUUUAUUUAUUUAUUAGAAUAAAAAAAUGUCACAUCGAGCCCCACAAAUGUCACUGUGAGAGUUUUAUUACGGGUUACAUUUGUGUUCCCUGGCAACACUCAGAAAACCCCAGAAACUCUGCCAAUAGUAUCAAAAAGGGCAGAUGAUGUGACACUUUACAUGAUGCCUUUAUUACUCAUUGUGCAUCUUAAAAGGCCAGUUUCCAACAGUAUCCAGCUGCUAGUUGUGGCUGUGAUGGCGAAGCUUUGGCCAGAUAUAUGGUUAUUGUGAGGACUUUUGCUCAAUCUGUGGUGCUAUGGAUAUGUCCAGCUGUUACUCUCUGGUGCUUCUAUGACAGACGUGUUCAUUUGAGGGUAAUGCAACGUUCAGCCAGCAAAACCAUCGCUGCACCCACCCUACUGUUGUAUGCAGUCAGCGUUACAAGCAUUAAAAAAUGACUGUCACAGCCAUAUUAAUUACUAAGGCUAGAGCAACAGCUGUAAAUAAUAUUGUAUCAUAGUACGGCUCAUACAGUCGUAAUUACAGAGAGUCGGUGCACCCUCAGCAGCACCUGUAGCCAUUAUUACAAUUAUGGCUGUGGCGUUCAUUUUUACUGGUUAAAACGCCGACUACAUGCAGCAGUAAUGUAGUGUGUAGUUGUGCUGACAGAAGCUACUCUUACUGAAGCCCUGUAUAAACAAAUGCAUCUGUCAUAGCAGCAUCGCAGGUUCCAACAACUGGACAUAUCCAUGGCACCACAGGCUGAACUACAGCAAUAACUGAAGUCAAAACAGUAACCAUAUAUCCAGCUGCACCUGUGCUCACAUGCAGCAGCUGGAUACUGUAGGAGACUGGCCUUUCAAAAGGGAUAAUUAGUAAUAAAUGCACCACGUGUCACAUGGUCUAUCUUUUCCAGAGUGUUUCUGUAAACUGAUGGCGUAUUAUCACGAGACCUGCUCAACAAAAUGUUUGUAUAUAUCAGAAAGAACGAAAAGUGUACUUUGAAGGAAAGCAAAGCUAUUGUGAGGGAAUGCAAAUCAAUACAAUCUCGCUGUUACCCAUGCAGGGCUCUGUAGCGUCAGAAUAUCUACGUUUUUGUAUUGUUUUCAAGCAGACAUGAUUGUGUUUAUACUGGCACUAAGUUUUGUAAUUGGUUAAUGAAAUAAAAUAAGAGAAACAAACAA